AUGUUUAAGGAUAUUGCCAAUUUAAUCUCAACUUGUGAAACCUGCUUAACCUACAAACACCCUAAUCAUUCUCCCUAUGGUCUUAUGGGUAAACCUAAACUUUGCUCCAGACCUUUUCAAACUAUAUCCUUAGAUCUUAUGGGUCCAUUGCCUAUGACUCGAAGACGAAAUCAGUAUAUUCUAGUAAUUAACUGCAAUUUUACUAAAUUUACUAUGAUUUUUCCCCUUAAACGUGCUACUUCAGCUAAUAUUAGUAAUGUUUUGGAAAAUUCAGUUUUUCUAGUUAAUGGCAUUCCCCAAACUAUUAUAAUGGACAAUGCUGUUCAAUUUCAGUCGCGAGAAUUCCACUCAUUCUUAAAUUCUUAUAACGUUCCUUUUAUUUUUCACACAGCUUUAUAUUGUCCUCAGGUUAAUCCUACGGAGAAGUUUAAUAGUACAAUUAUUACAGCUCUAGCAUCUCUAGUAGGAGACGAUCAUAGAUCAUGGGACAACCAUCUUACUAAGAUUCAGUACGCAAUGAACAGCGCUACAAAUGUAGCUACUGGCUUUACUUCAAACUUUUUGGUCUUUGGUAGGGAAACAAUACCUUGUGGUUCCUUCUAUACUCCAACUCAGAACCUCGAGGAAUUAAUAUUUAUGCCUCGUGAUAUUUACGCGUCUAAUGCUGGUCUCCUCUCAUCUAUCUUUCACAAAGUUCAAACUAAACUUCACAUAGCGCACGCUAAAAAUAGCGCUCGCUAUGAUCUUCGCCGGGCUUUUAAAGAAUUUAAUGUGGGAGAUACUGCUUGGCGUAAAAAUCAUGUUUUAAGCAAUGCCGGCGCAUACUUUAAUGCUAAACUUGCCCCUAAGUUCAUCAAGUGCAAAGUGAUAGCUAAACUGUCACCACUAGUCUAUGUACUUGAAGACCCUAAUGGAGUUAGAGGCAAGUGGCACAUCAAAGAUGUAAAAUCAUAA